CUGGUUCAGCCAUGUUGUGGUUUUGAAUGAGGAAGAAGCGGGAGAUGUUAUUCUUCAACGAGUUUAUUUUCAAUUUAUAGCCACGUUGAGAAUUUACAAAUGAGUUAGGGUGCAACUCAAAAUGAUAGCCGUUUUUCCGAACGCAUUUGUUGCGACUUAUCGCAUUCCCGUUGGAAUUUAAACACACUUUCAUAAAUUAGCCGUGUAGCUAACAACGUUAGCUAGCACAGUGCUUAGCGUAAUGUGCUAGCCAGACAGCUAGCUAAUUCUAAGCUAACUAGCUAACGGUUAGUGGUAAUAUUGGGAAAGUAAAUUGAUGCUUGCGAGGAGUUUUCGCCUUUGAAGCAGCCUCCGCUAACCUACAUCACCCGAAUGAAGCGCGUUAGCUUAAUUUGGUGUGACUAUAUUGACAGGUAGACUGAAAGCAGCUUUAGCGAUUUAUCUUUAAACCAGCGGUGUUUUGACUAAAACUUUUGAGUCAUGUUGAAUAAAAUCUACGAAUGGAUAGAAACGAGCUUUGCCAAUCUUCGCAAUGGUGUGCCAGCUGCGGAGCACUCACAUGCACAUGGGGCUGCGAGAGAUGGUCAACUGAGGAGGAAAAGACCAUUUGAAUGUUUGGAAGAUGGCCAUGAAAUCGACCAAGAUGACUUAAUGAUAAAGAAAUCACGAAUGGGGGAUCUUAUUGACACUGUCAAGAGUGCAGCUGAAGGGGUUAAGAGUCAUAGUUCCAGUGUGGCUACAUGGAUGAGGAACAAUGUCAGCCCUACUUUGAGAAAUAUACUGCCUACCUCCCCUGGUCCACCACCUGGAGAGCCUCAGCCCUCAACUUCAGCAGCAGUCUGGACAGGGAGGCCGGUUGGUGACCGGAAUUCUUUGGGUGAGACGUUUGCUGCCCCCUCACCAACUUUGGAGUGGAAAACAUCCAAAACAGAGUGGUUGCGUAAUGAGAAAUCUGUUGUGGGAUCAAAAGUCUGUAGGCGACAAGUGUGUAUGAGUCCUACACAUCGUGAGGUGCCAAAAACAAAUGGACACUCGAUCAACUUGCCACCCUCCGUCAUCCCCAAACUUCACCCUUCUCCACGACUAGGCAGGCCCCUAAACCUUCGACCAUAUGGAACUCCAAGUUUGUUCGGAGGAGUGGGCACAACAAGCAGCUCCAGCACCAGCAUGUAUGAAAAGACCUUUCCCAUUAAAGUGGUGCAGAGCCCAACACACAGCACCUCAUCAGCCCGCUUACACAGGACCAGGCCCCGGUGCACAGCACAAGAGUCGGUCUGUGAGGAGGAGAAGGAAGUCUACAGGCAGCUUCUGACCAUGGUCUCUGGUGGUCAGUCUUUCCUUCACAACGGCAGCUCACACACUAUUGUGAGGUCACACAGAGAUUUCACCAGCUUCCUGACCACCAGCCGCAGACUGCUGCAGUUCUCAUCCCCAGCUGGGUCAGCAGCAGAAGGAACUUCAGAGGGUCCCAGCAGCCCCUCCAGCCCCAGAGGGGUAUCCAGCCAGUGCUCCAGCAACCUUCCCAGCCCACUGGGGACCUCCAGCAAGCCAGGGAUCCAGACAUGGUCUUUGGACACGGACCUCAGCUCAAGCAGAGCAGCUACUCUCACAUCAAUACCUUCUCCAUCAGCUCUGCAGGAUAACUCCUCUCAGGACACACAGUCGUCAGCUCAUGAUGGUGACUCUGUAAUUAUUGUAAAUGAACAAAAGGGCAAAAAGCAAGACAACUCCAGUGUGCCAUGUUUCCAAGCUGAGUUAUGGAUCAAAGAAUUGACUAGUUUGUAUGACUCCCGGGCGAGAAAAAGACGAAGACAGAUAGAGGAGCAGGAGGCCCUUGCUGCCCUGCUGCUGCGACAGCGCCUGUCUGAAGAGGGGCAACGUAGCCAAGAUGUGGAGGUCCAUGUUCGAGUUCCUUUGGAGAAAGAGGUUCCUUUGAGUCUUGUGAUUGAAGAACCGAAACCUUCGGAAGAGAAGCCAGAAUUCCCUGAACUCACAGAGGAAAUGGAGACCGAGGUAAACAGGGUGCUGAGAGGCGGUAGUCCUCAUGAAGUAUUAAGUGAAGGAUUUGGUCUCAGUCUUACACGUAAAGACCUGCAAACCCUCAACAACCUCAACUGGCUCAAUGAUGAGGUGAUCAACUUUUACAUGAACCUGCUGGUUGAGCGCAGCAAGGACCCCAACCUGCCAUCAGCCAAUACGUUCAACACUUUUUUCUAUCCCAAGCUACACAGCAGUGGCUACUCUGCUGUCCGCCGUUGGACCAAAAAGAUGGACAUAUUUUCUAAAGACAUCCUGUUGGUUCCUGUCCACUUGGGGGUGCACUGGUGCCUCUCUGUGGUGGAUUUCCGCAAAAAAGCCAUCAUGUACUUUGAUUCUAUGGGAGGAAACAAUGAUGAAGCAUGCAAAACAUUGUUUGAAUACCUGCAACAGGAAAGUAAGGACAAGAAGGGCAAAGAACUGGAUACCUCAGGCUGGACACUGCACAGCAAAAAGCGCAAUGAAAUCCCACAGCAGAUGAAUGGUAGCGACUGUGGAAUGUUCACAUGCAAAUAUGCAGAUUACAUUACCAAAGACAAGCCAAUCACAUUUACACAGAAACACAUGCCCUACUUCAGAAGAAGGAUGGUUUGGGAGAUUGUGAACCAUAAGCUGUUGUGAUGUCAGGACAACAGCUGUGAACUUGUACAUUUGGCUCACAAGUCGUGACGACGGUUGAGCUACAUUCACCAAGAGGAUCCACUGACAGUCGUCCGUAUUCUGGGAAAGACUUGCACACCAGCUCCGAUCAGACGGAUCAGAAGCCACCAGGAGCACCAAUCACUGCCUCUCUGUCUUCUUCAGUCCUUUGUUUUUUGGUGCCCUUAUGGAGCAUCAGUACAGCAGCUGGAACACUGCGCGUUUUAUAUUUCCCCAGCCAGAACUGUUUUGAAAUAACACUUGUACCGACUUACAAAUCAUACUCUGAGAUGCAAUGUUUGUUACACGUUUUUGUUGUUUACGCGAGCAUAUUGUGCUGCAUUGUCAUACAGUUUGAUGUCAGCAUAAGUGUUUGAUGCAUUGGUAAUGUGCAAAGGAAAUUGGCUUUACCACUGAAAUAUGAUUACCCACAACAUUGACACUUUGAGGCUAAAACCUGUCUGUAGAUGGGCAUUUCUACUUUAUUGUCUGAAGUUUUUUUUUUUUUCGUGGUGUUUUGUUUCUUCAUGCAAAAAGGUCUGCAACAAGCAAUUACACCUGAUUCAUCUGUACUAUGAGCUCAAUUAAUUGAUUAGUCACUUUGUCUACAAUAUGACAGAAUUGGGAGAAAAGUCACCCCCCCCCCACCCCCGAUUCAGUCAUCUGCAGCCUGAUUGCACAAUAUGAACAUUACACCCAAAACUGAUUUUUUUUUUUAUAUUAUUACUAAAAUGCACAAAGAAUUAAAGUGUGGCAUUGCCUCAGAAUAUGAUUUAUAAUGAAAAUGGAAUGUUUUACCUUGCCGUUGACUUAAAGUGUAACAACAGUUACACCCUAAAACAGCAGGGUAAUAAAGAGUUGCCAUUUCCUUCUUAUCUGUUAGCCUUGAUAAGAUUGUUUAAAAAAAAAAAAAAAACAACUAAAUGGUCAAAGUCUA